AUGGGGAAAGGAUUGGUUCGAGUUCAAGCCGAGCCGAUGGCUGCUAGAGCCAGAGGGUCGUGGACGGAGAAGAGUAGGAUGGAGGCAGUAUGGGGAAAGGAUCGGUUCGAGUUCAAGCCGAGCCGAUGGCUGCUAGAACCAGAGGGUCGUGGACGGAGAAGAGGCGUGAAAUUAGUGAGUCCGUACAAGUUUCCAAUAUUUCAAGCCGGGCCAAGGGUGUGUUUAGGUAAAGAGAUGGCUUUCAUUCAGAUGAAGUAUGUGGUCGCUUCAAUCCUCAGUCAAUUCAGAAUCAAACCCAUCGCCGCCACCGCCUCCAACGACCCUGUGUUUGUGCCGCUGCUAACGGCACACAUGGCCGGCGGCUUCAAAGUUCUGUUUCAGAGGAGAGAGAAAGAGAAAGAGAAAGAGAGAGAAUUCAAAACAUACAAAAUUCCCAAUUUAAACAAUCAGAAGAAGAGUCAAUUCAAACGAUUCCAACACAGAACUGACGGACAACAGUGUUGA